CAGCCUAACAUGGAUAUGUAGUUGGAAAGGGGAGGGGACCCCCAGGGGUCUUUGGAUCACACUUCGAGAACUGCUGAAGGAGAUGAUUUCAUUUUAAAAUCACUGUGAUGACCUUUAGUGUUCUAAGUGAAAGAAAACUUACUCUUUUUUGGAACACCUCAUUCACCUUCCCUUAGUUCCCUUCAUUCGUUAUUUCCAAGUUCUUUUUCCCCUUUUCACCUUUCUUACUUAUGUUGAGUGGGUAGGAUCUGAUAGUGCAAUUUUCCUUUACUUUCAUACUUAAAACUUUAUUGGAUUUUCCCCCUUCUCUCAUCUGAGGUAAAGCAGAAACAAAACAAAAAAACCCUUCAUAUGUUAUUCCUGUCUCCAGAGCCCUUGGUUAUUUAGUAGCUGGUCAGAUGAAAGUUGGUGGUAUUUUGUGUAUUUAUUAACUUUCUGGUUUUAAAAAGUUUUCUCUCUCUCUGCACUACAUUUUAAUAUUUCUUAUUGUGGAAGAAGAAAAUUCAUCUGAAACAGAGGAGCAGAGACUUGAGUUGUCAGAGUGACUUCUUGGCUUUCCCUUCUCUAUUGAUCAGAGGCACAAAGAAAGUGUAGCUUCUGAGCUGAAUGAUGACAACAUUGCAGAGUAAAGAAGAAUAUGGGAAGUGGCCAAAGAAAACCUUUGCCCCACCUGCACAAAAAUUGCAUAGCUUGAUGUGCUAUAGCCCUAACUCACCCAAGGAGGAGACCCUGGGGAUCAGUUCCCCAAAGGCCAGGUCAGAGAAGAAGGAAGAGAAAGCAACCACAGGAAAUGGUCCAAGCAGUGGCCUGGAGAAUAAAGGAAAGCCUCAAGACAAGCAAGCAGAGAAGAAAGAAAAGGAAAGAGCAAGUCUCACCAAUGCAGAAUUUGAGGAGAUUGUCCAGAUUGUGCUACGGAAGUCCCUCCAGGAGUGCUUGGAGACUUCCUGUGCCCAGCCCAUAAGAUGCACCCAAUUAGACAAGGAACGAGGAAUUUCUUCUACUGAUAAUGAUGAUGCUGAUGGAGAGAGGGUAAUGGUACCUCAUAUUCUAGAGAUUUCAGCCACUGAGGAAGCUGGAGUAACCUCUGUGAGAAAGACAUCUAAGCCAGGCCAGCCAGAUCCUGCACCCUCUCAGAAGAAAUUCAAUAGACCUUCCCUAAUCAAAGGAAAGAAGAGAGCUCAAAAUGAGAAAAUGGAAAAGGCCCAAAGUGGACAUGAGCAGAGACAGAAAAACCAGCUGAAAAAAACAGUUCAAGAUGAUUCUCAGACCAGAAACCAACAAAAAGGAGAAGACGGUGGUUUUAGUCAAUGUCUCGUCUGGGUCCAAUGUUCCUCCCCAAACUGUGAGAAGUGGAGGCGGCUUCGUGGGAACAUUGACCCCUCAGUGCUUCCUGAUAAUUGGUCCUGUGAUCAGAAUACAGACUCGAGGUACAAUCGCUGUGACAUCCCUGAGGAGUCCUGGACAGGGCGUGAGAGUGAUGUGGCCUAUGCCUCCUACAUCCCAGGAUCCAUCAUCUGGGCCAAGCAAUACGGUUACCCCUGGUGGCCAGGCAUGGUAGAAUCUGAUCCUGACCUGGGGGAAUAUUUUCUUUUUGCUUCUCAUCUUGAUUCCCUGCCGUCUAAAUACCAUGUGACAUUUUUUGGAGAAACAGUCUCUCGUGCUUGGAUCCCAGUCAACAUGCUAAAGAACUUCCAGGAGCUGUCCCUGGAGCUAGCUGGAGUGAAAAAGUGCAGGAACAAGGACUGCAACCAGAAGCUGGGAGCAGCCCUGACGAUGGCUCAAGAGGCAGAACAGAUCAGUAUACAGGAACGGGUUAACUUGUUUGGUUUCUGGAGCCGAUACAAUGGAUCUGACAGUCGUGGGGAAGGAAAAGACGUAAGGCUUUCUGGGGCUAACAGCCCAGAUUCCUGCUUGGAGAAAGAAGAGGAAGAGUCAGAGUUGGAGGCGAAGGAGUUGGAAGAGGAGGAAGAGAAAAAAGACCCAACUUUGUCCAGUCCCAAGCCAGCCAAAAUUCAGACCAAAAAACCCAAGGCAAGAGGCCUAACAGAUGGACAAGAUGUGACCCUGCAAAAGAAGACAAUGAAGAGAGCUCUGGGAAAUAAAUCUGCAGCCUCUCCUGUACCCAUAACAGGAAGGAAAGAAAGGCAUGGGAAAUCGGAGCCUGACCAGCCAGGCCCUAAGAAAAAAUUUAAAGCUCCUCAAAGGAAAGCCUCAGGAACCAGCUUGUCUAAGGACAAAGAAGCUAGAAUGGUGCCCAAGGGCCUGACCCCACCAGCUCAUCGCGGGGUCUGUCCCCUGGGGGGGAAAGAAGGCUGGAAGUGUCCUCCAGCGGCUGGAAGUGUCCCCCCUGAUGAUGACAUCUCCAGUGACCUGGACCUGGAGCAACUCCUGGAAGAUGUUGGAAAAGAGCCAGAGCAACUGGAGGGGCCGCAGUGUGGAGAUGACCCUGGGGAGUUCACGUUGGCCUUCUUCGAGGAAUAGCUGUGUGCACCUGCCUCCCUGCUGCUCUCUCACUCCCUUCCCUGCCAGCAGCA